CAGAUCUUGGGAGGUGGCAGCUGCAGAGAGCACAUCAGGAAAUAUAUGAGUUUCUGCUGUGCUGCAAAGAGAGAAGACAUAAAGAUCUGUGGAUAAUCCUGGCUCUUUUGCUGCUAUCUCUAGAUCCAGUGUUCAAGCUGUUGAGGAAAAGCCAUGGCCUCAGUCACUGUUACUGAGAAGAUGAGAAAAGAAGCCACCUGCUCCAUAUGCCUGAAUCUGAUGACCGAGCCAGUGAGCAUCAACUGUGAGCACAGUUUCUGUCAUAUGUGCAUAGAGGAAAACCUUAAAAAACAACGUCAUGUAACAUCAUGGCUGGGGACAUACUAUUGUCCCCAAUGUGUGGUUUCAUUUAAAAGGGGAAGUAUCCGACCCAACAAGCAGUUACAAAUCUUCAUUGAUUACAUCAAGGAGAUAGACCAUAAAAUGUUAUGUGAAGAACACAGAGAACAACUCAAUAUAUUCUGUGAAGAUGAUGGCCAGCUCAUCUGCUGGCGCUGUGAACGAACAGGACAACACAAAGGGCACCUCACAGCUCACGUGGAAGAUGUAUGCCAAGGCUAUAAGGAAGAGCUCCAGAAAGCUAUGAAUACACUGAAGGAACUGGAAGAUAAAUGUAAGAAUGAAAAGAUAUCUGUGAGAGAUCAGAUAACUACAUGGGAGGUAAUAGUAGAGCAACAGAAACAAAAAAUCCAAUCAGACUUCAAAACUCUCUAUAAAUUCCUGCAUGAAGAGGAGAAGACUUAUCUAUGGAGACUGGAGAAAGAGAAAGAGGAGACUCUGAGAAAAUUGCAAGACAAUGAAGCCAGUCUGGAAAAACAGAGCCAUGAACUCAAGAGCCACAUCAUGGAACUAGAGAAGAAGUGUCAGGGCUCAGCCCAGAAAUUACUGCAGGAUGUGAAAGACACCUUAAGCAGAAGUUCAUCUGUGAAACUGAAAUUACCUCAAGCCAUCCCUUUGAAGAUUCUUACAGUGUGCAAUGUUUCUGAGCUUCACUUUGAUAUGAAAAAGAUACAAAAGGAAUUCAAGUGUGACUCUGAAUCCAGAUAUAGCUCAUGAUGAACUUAUUCUGUCUGAGGAUCUGAAACUAAUGAUCUGUGGAUUCCCCCAUCAGAAGUUUAAGAUCUCUAAAAGAGUUAAUACCCUACCUUGUGUCCUGGACUGGAAAGCACUCACCUUAGGAAGAUAUUACUUUGAAGUGGACAUAGAAGAAGGAAUUCAGUGGGAUUUAGGUAUUUUUCUGGAAUAUGUGUAGGGGUCUUCUUGUGGAUUCUGGGCCAUCAGACUGGAAAAUUAAUGGCUAGUAGCCCUAACCACUCCUCUAGCUAUCCUUUCUGUGUAGGAGAAACCCUUGGUUGUGUGAAGUUUUCUUUCUUUUGUUUCUAGGGAAAAAAAACAUAUUCAGUUUAUUUUAUUUUAUGAUCAGAGAUUUUAUAUGAUAUUCAGAUGUGAAAAUCCAGAGUAAUAGCUGGUAAGUUCAUGAGAAAUGGAGAUGACAUUGAAGUUUAAAAUUUAUAAUUAUUAGCUUAUAGAAGGUAUAAUCAUGGAGUUGAUCCCACUGAUAGAAAGAUGAUAUGGUAGAAAUAUGAAACAUAAAGUAGGGGCCAGACAGUAGCCGACCCAGUUAAGCACACAUGGUAGUAAGCACAAGGACCUGCCCAAGGAUCUGGGCUCAAGGUGGGAAGUUUUCUGAACUGCUGGUUCAUACAUCUUUGCCUUCCCCAAGGCCUCUUUCUCUGAUACUCUCAGGCUAUUUUUCCAGGUUUAUCCUUCUUUGCUUCUGUCUUCUCCAUAUGAGUAAAGAAAAGAAGAAAGUUUUUUUCUUUUUGUCUGUCUAGCAUAGAGACUAUAAUGUCAACCCAGGUAAACAUAGGAAACAAGUCUGCUUUCUUUAAUAUUAUUUACCUGUAUCUAGAACUUUGCUGUACUUUUUCAUGAAUAAUUAGUAAAUUGCACUAAAUGAAUGAACAUACAAUAUUUUAAAAAUAACACAGGUGAUCACCCUGAGUUUGAGAUAGAUAUUAAUAUUUAUAUUUCACUCUCUAUACCACUUCAAAAUUUUUUUUUAAACUGAAGCACCACUCAGUUAUAGCUAUUAGUGAUGCUGGGCAUUGAAGCUGGAGGCUCUUGUAUAUAAAUCCUGUGUGUUACCACUUCACUGUCUCCUCAACUUUACCAUUUAUUUUCAGUGCUUUCAGUGCUUUUGAAUCUCCAAAGUUCUUGUUUGAUAAACAGAUCAGCAUAGUGUCCCAAAGGACUGGAAGUCAGAUUUUCUUUGGAUAUAUUAAUGAGUGUCCCUGAGACCAAUUUCUAUUGAAGAUAUAUGGAUGUUUCACUUUAUUAACAAGCUAUUCACAGAAACCCUUUGUUUAAGAAUUCAGCACAAUUUUGAUACUAUCGAGUAAAAGCAUUAUGGUCCACAAAUGAACAUCUAAGUCAUUCAAACCUGUUCAGCCAGGUAUAGACUGAAUAGAGUGGUGAUUUCCAUAACCACUGCUUCACAAUUCUGAUGUCUUUCUCAAGUAGAGAUUAUUGUCUCUGCUUCUGACCCCGUCUGUUGGUGUAGGAAAGUUCUGAAAUCAUCUCCAAUGGAAUAAGAGAGAUGAAGCAAAAUAAUUGUUUUGGGGAUGUCAUCAACAUGAUAAGCAGUCAUUAUCUGCCUGAGGAAAGUUUAGAAGAAGUCAGAACAUCCCCACAUUUCUUACUACUGGAAGUUCUAAUCGUGCUGAGACAGACUGGGUUGUAAUUCUAAAAUGAAAUGUACACCCAACUAUGCCAAUUUUGCCUAAGAAAUACUUGUAGGCAAAGCUAGAAAUAGACUGGGAGUAUGGAUUGACCUGUCAACAUCCAUGUCCAGUAGAGAAGCAAUUACUGAAGUCAGAACUCCCACCUUCUGCACCCCCAAAAAAGAACUUUGGUCCAUACUCCCACAGGGUUAAAGGAUAAGGGAAGAAGACCAGAGGGCUCUGAAUCCCAAUCCCACGAGUACCCAAAGUGUUUGUCACCAGGAAUCUUGUUUUUAAACCAUCACUGAAAGGGAAGAAAAUUUGGAGAACACCAGAGAAAGUCAGGUACUAUUUCUUUUAUCUGGGAGAGAAGAGGAUAAAAAAAAGGAUACUUGGAAGUCAGGUGGUAGCGCAGCGGGUUAAGUGUACGUGGUGCAAAGCGCAAGGACCAGCUAAGGAUCCCAGUUCAAGCCCCUGGCUCCCCACCUACAGGGGCAUCACUUCACAGGCGGUGAAGCAGGUCUGUAGGUGUCUAUCUUUUUCUCCCUCUCUCUGUCUUCCCCUCCUCUCUCAAUUUCUCUCUGUCCUAUCCAACAACGACGACAACAAUAAUAACUACAACAAUAAAACAACUAGGGCAACAAAAGGGAAUAAAUAAAUAAAUAUUAAAUAAAUAUUUUUUUUUUUAAAAAAAGGACACUUGGAAGUAGUCAUGGGUGUAAAUGUGACUUAGAGAGGAAGUGAAGGCAGGGCUGUAGAAAAAAAUGGGCAAAAAUAUAUAUAGGUAUAUAAUUAUUAUAUAGUUAUAUUUAUAGUUGUCAUAGUUAAAGUUAUAGUUAUCAUUAUGAAACCACCCAUAUCUGUGACCUAGAGAGAACUGCUGCAGUUUCCAGUAGAGCAAAUAAGGACACAGAACUCUGGUGGUGGGAACAUUAUGGAAUUAUACCCCUAGAAUCUUGGAAUUUUGUAAGUCAAUAUUAAAUCACUAAUAAAAAAGAAAUAUUAGUAGCUGGAAGAAAUGUAGGUGAGAGAAAAAGUCUCUAUCACCUAUAUGCCCCACAUCAGAGCAUAUGUGUGUACAGAUGUUCUCUAUCCAUUUUCUCCCAGGAAGUUUAGGAAGUAGUCACCAGAGAUACUAGGUCUUUAUCAAUUCAGAGACAGCUCCAGAGGCAUCUACAUAGCAAACCUUACUAGAUAUAAUCCUUGCCCACCAUUAUUGUCCCUAUUAUUUGCUAUUUCCCUUCUCAUAAUUUGCCACUAAAGUAAAAAAAUCAAGAAGAUAAAGAACUGAAGGAAAGACCUUACUAAAGUCUAGGAACUUAUAGUUUUCCUUGCUAUAAUUCACUAAGGAUAAAAAAAAAAUCCCCUCUAUAUAUUCAGCUGCCAAACUUGGCCAUCUGAGAAGACGAGAAGAAAAACUAAACUUUCUCAACUAACAGAAACAAAAUUUAAAUUCAACUGUUCUUUUAUAAGUUAUCUUUUAUAAAUCUUGUGACUUAUUUAUAUGAUACAAUAUUAUCAUGGCUAAAAUGGUGAACUAUCAAAUGGUUAAAAUAUUAAAUGAAUACCAACUCA